AUGGCAGCCGGUCUGUUGUCAAACCCCUACGCCGGGCAGGCCAGCCUCUCGCAGCACGUUUCCCACGUCUCGCAAUAUGCCACAUACCCCAGCCAGCAAAUGCAGCAGCAGCAGCAGCAGCCACAACAACAACAACCACACGGCCCUCCCUCGCCUCCCAUGGACGACAACAAGUGCUCGCUGCCCUCAAUCUCCAACCUGCUGGACCUGGCCGACCAGGGCUCGCCCACCUCCGAGACGUCUCCCCAGUCCCAGCAGAUGCAGCAGCAGUCUUCACAACAACAUCUGCAGCAGCAGGUCCUGCAGCAGGAGUUCUCUUUCAAUGCCUCCUCUCGGCCAAGCACCCGGCCCAAUUCAUCCCACUACUCUAGCAACCCCAUGAGCCUGCGGGGCGGCGUUCUGCCGCCCACGCCGCCCAUGAUGUCCGAGGCCAGCUUUGGCACCGGCUACGACUCUCCCUCGACCAAGUCCGUCAACCAGCUGCCGCACUCCGUGGCCGCCGCCGCCAUUGCCGCUGCCGCCGCCACAAACAACUACUACUUUGAGGCAACACCGCCGCCGCAGCAGCCCUACAGCCACGAGUCUGCAACGUCUGAGCCGCGGCACGCCUCGCAACCGCCCAGCUCCCACCCGCAACAGUACCAGUCGCCGUCCCAGUCGCAGUCGCAGGCGCAACAAUCACAACAACCCCAGAUCCACCACCAGCCGCAGCCGCAGCGCAGCAUCUCGAUGCACGCGACGACGACCUAUGGUGCUCCCGCCUACCCCACCCAGGCUUCUUACUUGAGCCAAACGCCCGCCGCCGCCGCCAUCUACUACCCGGCCAUGCAGCAGCCAACACCGCCGCCACAGCAGUCGGUCCAGGCACCACAGGCACAGCAGCUUUCGGGCCUCUACUACCAGCGUCCUCUGCCGCAGGUCGGCGCCAGCACAUUUCCGCCGAUGCACCACGCACACCACCACCCGCACCACCAGCCGUCGCCGUGGCAGCACCACCACUACAUCUCUCCCUCGGCCGCCGCCGCCUUCCCGCAGUCGCAGGACCGCUACAUCUGCCCAACGUGCAACAAGGCCUUCUCUCGCCCAAGCUCCCUGCGGAUCCACAGCCACUCGCACACCGGCGAGAAGCCCUUCAAGUGCCCACACCAGGGCUGCGGCAAGGCCUUUAGUGUGCGCAGCAAUAUGAAGCGUCACGAGCGCGGCUGCCACAACUUUGACAGUGGAAACUAA